AGCUCCUUUUGUUGCCUCAAAAGCUCAAGUAUGUUCCUUUUGGUGCCUCAACUUUGAGAGCUUUUAAAGUCACUCCCUUUACUUCUCUGGAUAGAGAGGAAAUCCAGUAAUUUGAAAACAUGGGGGGAAAAUCAAAGGGGCUUCUCCUUCAAGUUGCAGGCGAUUUUUCCUCCUCCAAACUAUUUGAUUUCGAAAAUGGAGGGAGAAGGCUGGUUCCCUCCAAAACAAGUAGAGUGAGAAAUCCUCGAAAAUUGGUGCUCUCUCUCUCUACAAAUGGCCAUGACUCGCUCUCUCUCUCUAGAAAUUCACAUGAAGCCUGUAAGCUCUGCAAUUGCAGGAGACGGGAUUUUCUUGGUGCUCUUGGGUCUGGAUUGCUGCUUAACUUUCCUGAGAAUGCACAGUCAUCAUCGAUCAGUUCCGAGUCGACUUCUAAGGUCAUAUUAAACAAGAUUCAUCCUCCAAAGUCAGAUUGGUAUGAGGAGUUCUAUGCGAUCGCCAUGGAUCAAGUCCUGAAAUCUUAUGAGCCGAAGGUUGCAGGCUAUAAAGAACAGCUGUUCAGCUAUUUGAAAGGUGACCAUGGCACCCAAGUGUUGGAACUGGGGGUUGGAACUGGUCCAAACUUCAAAUAUUAUGCUACUUCCUCCAAUAUACAUGUUCUUGGGGUUGAUCCAAACAUGCACAUGGAGAAAUAUGCACGAAAUGCCGCUCUAAAUGCUGGUUUACCAUCAACAAAUUUUGAUUUCAUGCAAGGGGUAGGGGAGGCUUUGCCGGCACCAGAUGCGAGCAUGGAUAUAGUUGUUGGAACGCUUGUAUUAUGUUCUGUCAAGGAUGUCGCAAUGGCAUUAAGAGAGGUGAAAAGGGUGUUAAAAAGAGGUGGUUGUUACAUAUUUGUUGAACACGUUGCUGCUCCUGAGGGCUCAUCACUUAGAUACGUACAAGGUGUUCUUGAUCCUCUGCAACAGCUUAUCUCUGAUGGAUGCCACCUGAUUAGGGAUACUGGUAAGGAAAUUAGUAAUGCUGGGUUCUCUAAUUUGAAUUUGAAUAAAACCUUUGUGUCCAAUCUCACUCUUAUAAGCCCCCAUGUGUAUGGAGUAGCAUAUAAAUAAUAUUACCUUGGAAGAGAGUUUACAAAAAAAAUAUAACUGAUCUUUGCACAUGUAACUCAGCUUAGAAAGACAAAGGAUUUGUAUACAUACAUGUGACGCAUCAUUUAAACAAAUUGGUUUAUAUGAUACAAACUAGUUAUGCAUGAAAAUGCAUUGAUUUUAAGAACAGCCAAAGUAUUGGAGAAUAUAAGAUGGGGAAACCUUUCAAUAA